AUGAGCGAUCUGCUGGAAGACGGCUCUUUCAUGUUCACAUCGGAGUCCGUCGGAGAAGGACAUCCAGACAAAAUCUGUGACCAGAUCAGUGAUGCGGUCCUCGACGCUCACUUGAAGGAGGAUCCAGAUGCUAAAGUGGCCUGUGAGACGGUGUGUAAGACCGGCAUGGUGCUGCUCUGUGGAGAGAUCACAUCCCGGGCCAAUGUGGACUACCAGAGAGUGGUGAGAGACACCAUCAAACACAUCGGCUACGACAACUCUGACAAAGGUUUUGACUACAAGACGUGUAACGUGCUGGUAGCUCUGGAGCAGCAGAGUCCGGACAUUGCCCAGGGAGUCCAUGUUGACAGACAGGAGGAGGACAUUGGAGCAGGAGACCAGGGUCUGAUGUUCGGCUACGCCACAGAUGAGACAGAAGAAUGUAUGCCUCUAACUAUCGUCUUAGCUCACAAACUCAAUUCGAAGAUGGCUGAUCUCAGACGCAGCGGCGUCAUCACCUGGCUGCGUCCUGACUCUAAAACACAGGUGACCGUCCACUAUGAACAGAAGGACGGAGCCGUGAUCCCCAAGAGAGUCCACACCAUCGUGAUCUCAGUCCAACAUGAUGACUGCAUUUCUCUGGAAGACCAGAAGAAGGUCCUCAAAGAGAAGGUCAUUGACGCUGUGGUUCCUGCUAAAUAUCUGGACGAUAAGACCAUCUACCACCUCCAGCCCAGUGGUCGCUUUGUCAUCGGAGGACCCCAGGGCGAUGCUGGUGUGACGGGGAGGAAGAUCAUCGUGGACACAUAUGGAGGUUGGGGUGCACACGGAGGCGGAGCUUUCUCUGGUAAAGACUUCUCCAAGGUUGACCGCUCUGCUGCGUACGCCGCCCGCUGGGUGGCCAAGUCUCUGGUCAAAGCCAAGCUGUGCAGGAGAGUCCUGGUCCAGGUGUCGUAUGCCAUUGGAGUUGCCCACCCUCUCUCCAUCUCCUUGUUCACCUAUGGGUCCUCAAAGAAAACAGAGUCAGAGCUGCUGCAGAUCGUCAACAAGAACUUCGACCUGCGACCAGGAGUCAUUGUCAGGGAACUGAACCUGAAGAGGCCGAUCUACCAGCAGACGGCCUCGUACGGUCACUUCGGCCGACCCGAGUUUACCUGGGAGAUGCCAAAGAAACUCGUCUUCUAAAUACUCCACCUGCUCGUCCUGAUCCACCACGAGGCUUCUGUAAGCGAGUCAGGGUGUGUUUUUAUAGGAAGAAAUGAAGCCAAAGUUAGGGAAAAGUCAGCUUUUAGGAGGGGAUAGUUUUAUGCAAAUGUGGCGGUCGGAAUCGGACGUAAAAUAACACGAUCUCUGCCCUGCAAGCCCAACACCACAAGAGAAAGCGCAGCCAACAUUUCCACCCACGUUCCUUUUCUUCAACAGUGUAUUGGUCUUUGAGAACUAAAUGUAUGGGAACACAACAGUUAAUACAACACUACAACCAAAUGGAUUUUGCCCCAAAGCUGUGAAUGUACGACUUCAGAGCUCUCAUUUGCAAAAAGGUGCUAUAACAAAAGCAGAUUUUUUUGUCUUUUUUUUUUUUUUUUUUUUAUCAGUGAUUAUGUCAUUUUUUAAAAAACAAAUCUGCUCAACCAAAGGCUUUAGAUGAAAACAAUCUUAUUUUACACAUUUCAUCUUGACAGAAAAUGCCUUUUUUAAGUCUUACAUUGUCACAUGUUACAGUUUAACCACGUGUUAAUAUACGCCCAUGUAUCCGUCGUACAUUCUGCCCUGCUUUGCUUUAGUGGCUUUUAUUCAACAGCUCACCUGAUGGUAGAUUUGUACCUUUAUGUCUUUUUUUUUUUUUUUUUUUUACCUACAGAGCUUUCUGCUGUGACUGAGUCUUAACUGUAACUCGACCUCUCACUUGAUUGUGAGGCAAUCUAUUGUAAUUAGUCUCGCUCGUAGCAGUGGAUUUACUAAGCUGUGCAUUGUUGAGACUUAGCAUUUUGUGUCCAACAAUUGCUGUGUUUUUCUAAUUUUUAUGCCUGUGCUGAUGUAAGAGAAGCUGGCCACAUAUUUAUAUAUCAGAGUAUUUUUCUGCAGAUCUUUCCUUUUCUAAUAUAAAAUCUGAUCCUCUGCUGAGACUACAUGACAGCUUUUACACUGUUGAUUUCUGCUCGUCUGCAUGGGCCCAGAGGAGAGAGAACCAACAGUAACUUUGGCUUUUGCCGCUGCUUAAUUACAUACAAAGUAUUUCACUGUUAACACUUAAGAAACCUGAAAUGGUUUAAUCCACACUCACUUUAAAACUACCAUGACUAUAACAAGUUUGGGACAUUGGUGGGAACAAACCCCACUUUAAUCUACAUCCAACUUUGUUUUUUAAGAGAGGUAUAUUUCUGUUUAAUGUGUUGAUCUGUGUCCUUUCCUGUCAGAUUGAAAUGACAGCGUAAACGGACAAUGUAAAUAAUUGUCAACAAUAAAGAAAAGACAGAAAUUGG